AUGUCAAUUGACUCGGAUCAAUUUCCUUCUGAUUGGAAAGCUGCAAGGGUUAUUCCAUUGUUUAAGAAAGGUCAGCGGUCCAUGUUGGACAACUAUAGACCGAUAUCAAUCCUUCCUGUAGUAAGUAAACUUAUGGAAAGAAUUAUGUAUGAUCAAAUGUAUGAGUAUCUUAACCAGAAUAAUUUUUUCUCAAAACACCAAUUUGGUUUCAGACCUUAUCAUUCCACAACUACUACAUUAUUGGAUUGUACGAACGAAUGGUAUACCAACAUGGACCGUGGGCUGUAUAACUUAGUUGUUUUUCUUGACCUAAAAAAGCAUUCGAUACAGUCGACCACGAAAUACUGUUAAGUAAGUUUGAAAUGUAUGGUUUCCAAAGGAAAGCAUUAAAUCUUUUACGUUGCUAUUUGACGCACCGAACUCAAAGUUGUCAAUUGGCCAGUAUACUCUCGGUGGAGAAAGAAAUCAUUUGUGGCAUUCCUCAGGGAAGUAUACUCGGCCCUCUCUUAUUUAUUAUGUAUAUAAAUGAUUUGCCAAGCUGCCUAGAACGCACAACUCCAAGAAUGUUUGCUGAUGAUACUAACUUAAUGGCAGUAGGCAGAACAAUUAGUGAGGCGGAAGAGAGGGCGAACGUAGACAUGAGGAAUGUUCAGAAAUGGCUUUGUGCAAAUAAACUAAGUCUAAAUAUACCGAAAACCGAGUAUGUUUUAAUUGGAACACGACAUAAAAUAAGUAAUAUUGAUACCCAUCAAGGAGUUAAAAUAAAUAAUCAAUUGAUUAAAAAAGUUAAAAUACCAAAGCUCUUGGAGUUGAAUUAGACGAAAACUUGAGUUGGGAAAAACACAUUAACCAUAUUAGCAGUAAAAUAUCAUCAGGUAUUGUGGCCAUUAGAAAAAUGAGGGAGUAUGUCGAACAAGACAUUUUGAUAAAAGUUUAUAAUGCCUUAAUCCAACCUUAUUUUGAUUAUUGCUGUGAAGUAUGGGAUACACUUAAUAAAGGCCUAAGUGAACGUCUACAGAAAUUCCAAAACAGAGCGACUAGGUUGAUCAUGAACUUAAAAAAUGAACAUGGUCAGUCUAUUUUGGCACGAAAAUCUCUAGGCUGGGUAACACUUGAAGAGCGUAGGGCACAAAUGAAAGCCAGGCUCAUGUACAAGACAGUUAAUGGUUUAGCCCCCCAACGACUAUGUGAAGCUUUCCAAAAUCUGAAUACCAUUCAUGACCAUAAUCUGAGAGGUUCUUCAACAAGGUUUUAUAUUCCAAGACCAAAAACGGAAUCCUUAAAAAAAGCUUCCAAUAUAGUGGGGCUAAACUAUGGAAUCAGAUACCUGAAGAGAUACGCAAUUCGGUAUCGUAUAAUUCGUUCUGUAAAAAGCUAUCUUCCUCGACCUUAAUCUCGACUUAAAGUAGUAGUUAAUUUUUUGUCUAAAUAGGUAUAUAAUUGUAUUUGUUAUGUAUGUAAUAUUAGAGCUAGUAUAUAAAUAAUAAUUUGUAAGUACACAUCCCUUUUGGAAAUCAGCUUUUGCUGAAAAGGCCAAUGUGUUUAAAUAAAGUUGAUCUAUCUAUCUAUCUGUCGGCAUUAUCCUUUUGUCGAGAAUUUGUGCCGUGACGUCAUCAUCACCGUGCACAUCCGCAUGUGUUUUCAAGCAUUUUCAAUAUACAAACUGAAGCCUGAUACAAACUAUACACAAAUUUGCAAUUAAAAUGAGGAAAAUUUUAAUUUUUAUUGAUGCCGGGUGACAAUUGUGCAUUAAAUCAAUGCGGGACAAACCGACGAACAAAAGAAAUCGAGCUAUUCAAGCUUCCAACGGCGAAGGAAGAUUUGAGCAAGAAAUGGCGGCAGGGUUUUCACUAUGGAUUUUCUGAACAUCGUUACCAAAUAUCGAGUUUGAAGACAAAGAUUUUAAAAGGCAGUUGGCUGUUGAUUCAAAAAAAUAUCGAGCACAAAAAAAUUCUAAAUUAGCAAUAUUCUAUAUUGAAAGAAAAUUCAGUUUCCCUGAGUUUUUUUUUCUGUUGAGUGUUUCGGUUCUGCCUUGGUUAACAAUACCGGAAGUAUACAUGCAAAAUGCAAACCGAUACAAACCAGUUCUGACAACUUUGACUUCAAUAAUUCAAUUAUCCACAAAUUACCUUAAUGGUAUCCCUAAAAACCCCAAUCUUAACACUGAAAGUCCCACACUUCUGUAAAUACGACAUCGAUUAAUGAGGGUGGGAAAGGGGGGGAGGGGUAUGAUUCACGUUUCACAACAAAAAAAAAGUUUCACAAUUCACGUGCCAUAAAAAAGCAAUUUCACAUUUCACGGAUAAAGAGACUCUAAUAAAAAUAAUAUAAUAAUAAUAGCUUUAAGAUUAUGUUUAAUGCAUGGUACAGUACUACGCUUUAAGUUCUCUUCUCUGCCUGGCAGUUAAAAACUACUUACAAGUUUGAGUGAUGAGUACGUCCGACGACCUCGAAAGGCCUCCGAAGUUUCUACUCUUGUGCAAUCGAGUGAGAUCGAUCAUAUAAAUUAUUAUCGCGUAUUAUGUCCAUUAUGACUAUUAUAAAAUAGAUCGGAAUAAACAAAUCAAAAUCACAGCUCACGAAACAGACAUCGUUAAUUCCCAUUUCACGGAGCAUUUUUAUCGACAAUCACGCCUCACGGCUGUAGAACAAAUCACAUUUCACGACACUAAAAUCAAGCAUUUCACACGAUCAAAUAUUGACCAUUCACGCAGUGGCGUAGACAAGGGGGGGGGGCAAGGGGGUCUCAGCCCCCCCCCCCCAAUAGGCUGAAGGACUGCCCUUGUAAAAAGAUGAAAUCCGGGUAGAAAUUAGGGGGGGGGGACGAUGACUACCCAUGGGACUAGCAAUCUCAUCUGUUCACCAAAUUGUCUAUAAAAGUUCUAAUCUUUCACUAAAUCUAACUACAGAAAAUAAUGCCUAUGGUGGUUAUUGGUUAAAAUGCGUUUUAAAACUUCAAUUUAACUAUUUACACGCGACCAAGUAAGCUUCGUUGAGUCAAAUUAAGGAUCCACAUUAUUGAGAAAUCAUUAAUAAUGAGGUCUUUCCUGCAGUAAAUAAUCUUCAGAAUUAUGCAAAAUCUCUCCCCAGAAACACGGGAAAUCGCCAUUGAGGGACUCCAGAUUUCAAAUUUUUCCGGGGGAGAAUGGCCCCGAACCCCCCUGAAAAGGCUUACACCUUCGGUGUUCGAUAUAUGCCCCCCCCCAAAAAAAAUAAAUUAUAGUCUGGCUACGCCACUGCAUUCACGGCUCACAAAAAUACCCUUUCCCACCCUCAUUAAUAUCGCUCUCUGAUUCUGAAUAAAAAUUGCAGUUUAUAAUACGUAUUGGGAACACUGAUACGAUUGGGAACCGUGAGAAUUUGUAUAUAGAUGCCAUUACGCCAAUGCAAAAUGGGUUACACACUGUAAUACACUUGAUCCAAUUUUGAUCGGGGCUAUGGUCUACAUUUCGUAGACCAUAGCCCCGUAUAAAAUGGGCCAAGUAUAAAAUUGGCCAAGUAUAAAAUGGGCUGUGAUAGUUAUAUCAUAGAAUAGGAAGGUAUACCAGACGUCUCACUCAAGCAAGUAUUUGUUCGCGUUUUUACAAGCGAUUCGUCAUCAAUCACGCCAUCCUGGCUAGUGCAACCUGCACUUUGUACCUACCAAAACCUGAUAAAAACUUCCGGCUGUUCUAGCCAGGAUGACGUGAGCGAGUUAAAAUUUUCGUGGGUUACACUUCUGCUAUACUUUCCUAUUUUGUGGUUAUAUGCUGUAUAUUCAAAUACAUUCUUCAGCCAGAAUAUAACCAUACGUGGUUAUUAUUGUAUUAACGCUAUAGUAAAAAUUUAAAAAAAAUAUCGUGCACGCGGCAAGAAUCGAUAAAAAAUAAUCGUGCGGAGUCGGCGAGGUCCAAAAAAAAAUCGAGCACUCUCAAAAAUGCGCCCCCCACCCCCCAUGAAAAAUCAAAUGGUCCGUCCCUAAGUCAAUUAGAAGUAUAAAUAUGAUACAUCGUAGUAGCAAUUUUGUUAUAAAAACCUGUGGCGUAUAUUUGUGGUAUCGUAUUCCCAUUUAAGCAUCUCAUGCAAUAUAUAAUGCUUGUCGGUUUUUAAUGCUAAUUCUCUGAUCGUGACUUCGUGAGCUUCGUGAGCUUCUGUCGAUCUGCAAUAGAUCUGUCGAUUUCCACUAGGCGAAAUUUUUCGAUCGAACCGAAAUUUCUAUUGCUCAAAUUCAAAAGAUUUCUGUUUUAUAGUUCCAUCUGAGUGCUCGUAGGACAAAAGAAAAUUUCGAUUCGGUCGAAAAAUUUCGCCUAGUGGAAAACCGCCUUAAUUAACACAUUUUGAAUAGAAAUUUAUAUUUUAUUGUAACUUUUCAUUUUCAGAUCACGGCUCAAAGCUGACCAAGAAGCAGCUUGUCCAUGGAGCAUUGCGUACCUAAAAUUUAUACCAACCAAGUCAUCCGACUCCUUUAUUGCGAAGCCAGAAAAAGAGCAUCGAUCCAUUGUACGUCUUGUACAGGACAGAUUAUCAGCUUCCACAACAACUUGUUAUAAUAAUCUUAAGGAACUUGCGGGUAAAAAAUUGCAUUACAUGACUGGAGUAACCUGUACGGAAUAUGUUGUUCGAAUAUGGAAAGUAGAUGUCCCAUAUAUUAUUCGUAUUCCAACUUAUGACAUUCAUAUGAACCACUACCCAGGCGUAAACGAAAAAG